AUGACCAGGAGACAAAAACGGAAAACUGUGUGCAGAGUGUUAAGUGACACUGACAGUGAUGAACGACCGAGGAAGUGUAGUGAUGGACGCGAGUCUGACACUCAGGAACACUGCAGCUGCUUGAGUGAUCCCUCGAGCAGCGAGUCUGACACUCAGGAACACUGCAGCUGCCUGAGUGAUCCCUCGAGCAGCGAGUCUGACACUCAGGAACACUCCAGCUACCUGAGUGAUCCCUCGAGCAGCGAGUCUGACACUCAGGAACACUGCAGCUGCCUGAGUGAUCCCUCGAGCAGCGAGUCUGGCACUCAGGAACACUGCAGCUACCUGAGUGAUCCCUCGAGCAGCGAGUCUGACACUCAGGAACACUCCAGCUACCUGAGUGAUCCCUCGAGCAGCGAGUCUGACACUCAGGAACACUGCAGCUGCCUGAGUAAUCCCUCGAGCAGCGAGUCUGACACUCAGGAACACUGCAGCUGCCUGAGUGAUCCCUCGAGCAGCGAGUCUGGCACUCAGGAACACUCCAGCUACCUGAGUGAUCCCUCGAGCAGCGAGUCUGACACUCAGGAACACUGCAGCUACCUGAGUGAUCCCUCGAGCAGCGAGUCUGACACUCAGGAACACUGCAGCUGCCUGAGUGAUCCCUCGAGCAGUGAGUCUGACACUCAGGAACACUGCAGCUGCCUGAGUGAUCCCUCGAGCAGCGAGUCUGACACUCAGGAACACUCCAGCUACCUGAGUGAUCCCUCGAGCAGCGAGUCUGACACUCAGGAACACUGCAGCUGCCUGAGUGAUCCCUCGAGCAGCGAGUCUGGCACUCAGGAACACUCCAGCUACCUGAGUGAUCCCUCGAGCAGCGAGUCUGACACUCAGGAACACUGCAGCUGCCUGAGUGAUCCCUCGAGCACAGUCACUUGGAGUCCACAGUGA